AGUGCAGGGGGGGGCGUGCGCGGACGUGCCACACCCAUAAUGCAAUGUGGGUCACCUGUUUGAACUGCCGGUUUCCCCAUAGGUGCCCAUACUUGUGCGUUUGAAUCUUUUCCUUAUUAGGCGGGUGUGUGCAAGGUUUUCUCUCUCUCUAAUCCACCGUCUCCUAUGCUGACUGAGGAAUGCUGGGAGUUGAAGUCUCCUCACCUUACAGCGGCUGAGGCUGAGAAACAUUCUUCUAAUCUGCGUGUUUUUCUGUGCCCCUUUUCCAGAUGUGAACUUUGUCAGAAUGACCAGAAGACGCCAGAUUUCGUCAUAAGAGGCUGCCUGCGAGGUGGAAGACUUUUUCAUCAACCCCUGAUUUCAUUUGUUUGGAGACUCGGGGGUGCCCUUUUGCAAAAAAAGCUUCCAUCCCUCUCAACCUCGCCUGCUGGGAAAAACAGUCGAGAUCCUUCGUUUCCUGAAUCUCUUGCGUUUGCGGAGAGAGAGGGAGGGAAGGUCAUUUGCGUGCCUCUUCCAGGGAUGUCUGCAACACGGGGAUCGACGCCGAGCCUUCAGUUCCAAGGUCCCUCAGAGCAGGGGGCUCACCGCGGAGCAAAAAUGGAAGACGAGGAACCCGAAACGCCGGACCCAGAGGAAAGGUGGAGGGGCAAAGCGGUGGCUUCUCGCCGAUCUCGAGAAAAAAACGAGAGGCUGCCCAAAGCGAGGACGGCCCAGCACAAAGUGCAUCACAACGCCAGUCGUUCCCCUCGUUCGGGGUGGAGGAAUCUAUUGCGCCCCGCCGAGUUAGAAGACCGGCGGCGAUUCUCUCCCUCCGCCGAGCGGCCGGCAGUGACCCGCCUGUGGCCCAGGGGUGGCCGGGCCAGCCGGCACCCUGUGGUCCUCAGCGAGGAAAGCUCCGAGCCUCAAAGCCUCUUGGACGUGGGGGAAAUUGGAGAAUCGGGGAUGGUCAAGGUGAAGGAAGAAAUUCUGGGCGACGACUCGGCCAGCAUGGAGAUGAAACGCCAACGCUUCCGCCAGUUCCGCUACCAGGAGGCCGAAGGUCCCCGCGAGGUCUGCAGUCAGCUCUGGUACCUCUGCCACCGGUGGCUGAAGCCGGAGAGACACACCAAGGAGCAGAUCCUGGAGCUGCUGAUCCUGGAGCAGUUCCUGGCCAUUCUGCCACCGGAGAUCCAGAGCUGGGUCCGGGAACACGAGCCAGAGACCUGCUCUCAGGCGGCUUCCCUGGCUGAGGAUUUUCUGCAGAUGCAGCGGGAAGUGGAGAGGAAAGAACAGCAAGUAGGAUCUCUCAGGCAAGUGGAACCGCGAAGAGGGCCCCCUCUCCCCCUCUAUCCAGAAGAGGGCAGCUCUGAUGACGAAGGCCUGCUGGACCUGGUCUACGCCACCAACCUCGAGCUCCACAGCCGGCGGCCUCCCCGUAGAACCCGCCUCAUCCGGAUGCGCACCCACGAGCUCCAGGUGUCCGACGAGGAGUGCCUGACCCGCUUCCGGCUGGACCGGCAGGCCAUCCAGGACCUGUGCACUCUCCUGGCCCCAUACCUGGACGGGGCCUCCGCGAGUCGGCGGCACAUCCCGACCUUGCAAAAAGUCCUGAUAGCCCUCCAGGUUCUCGGCACCGGCUCCUUCCAGCGGAUGACGGGAGAUAACCUGCGGGUGUCCCAGUCUUCCGUCAGCCGCUGCUUGGAUGCGUUCCUGGAGGCCAUGUUGCGUCACGUCCACGAGCACAUCACGUUUCCUACCACGGACUCGGAGCUGCGGCGGACCAGGGAAGCGUUCUUCGACAUCGCGGGGUUCCCCAACGUCAUUGGGAUUGUGGACUGCACCCAUGUGCCUAUCAUAGCCCCUGCAGACAUGCCGGCCCUGUAUCGAAAUUGCCACAACUUCCACAGCCUCAACGUGCAGGCCACUUGCGACGCCUCGGGUUGUUUUACUCACGUCUUGGCCAAGUUCCCCGGAAGUGUUCACGACGCGCGGAUCUUCCAACUCUCCCAAUUGCAAAGGCUGCUGGAGUCGUGGCCGGAAGGGAAGGGGUGGCUCCUGGGCGACUCGGGGUAUCCUUUGCGGCCUUUCCUCAUGACGCCGCACGUGGAUGACGGCCCCGAGCCUGUGGCGCGCUACAACGCAACCCACAAGACGACGCGGCGGGUGGUGGAGACAGCCUUCGGGCAGCUCAAGAUGAGGUUCCGCUGCCUUCACUCCACGGGGGGGCGCUUGAUGCUCCGGCCGGAGAAAGUGGCGAAGGUUUUUGUAGUCUGCGCCAUGCUUCACAACAUGGCCUUGAGACGCCAGCUGCCUAUCAUCAAUGGAGGACAAGGGGUGGACACUGAGGUCCCUGUGCCUCCGUACCUGGAGACCGACAGCCUGGUCGAACAAGAUCCUCAGGGAGUAGAAGUCCGGGAUCAGAUUAUUAGCACUUAUUUCUCACAAUAAAUGAGCUUUCAGUAGG